CGCGGCAGAAUCAAACCAUCGCGGUUAUUUCACGACACCGACCGUCGUAACUGGAAUCAUGGCAGAUAUCUCGUCGACUGCACGGCUCACGGAUGAGAAACAGUACUUCGUCGCCGAGUCUGGGCCGUACAUUCAGGAAUCUCCGGCGUACCUCUCACGGCCUCCGUACGAUAUUCGAUCAUUCUACUCUGUACCACCACCGUUCCUGCCUCAACCAUCAAGGUGCCUCUUCCCCGUUCCACGUUACUACCGUCCAAUUCUGCGUUCCGUUGCUCCAAGCAGAAGAAAUUUCCGAGAGGAGUCCCCGUUGUCUUCAUCACCAACGGCGGACGUGAUGGAAGAGCCUCUUGUACAAGACACAGAGCCAAGCAUCCCGGUCGAAGAAAGCAACCUAGAAUCUCAGAUGGAGAGUCCUGGAUUGAAAUGCGGUGCUCUAGGCUUGGUCUUCCUUUUGUUCUCCCUAAUCCUGGUUGUUAUUUUUCUGAUGCUCGGAAUCUCCGGUGCAAUCAUGGUACAUGAACCAGCGGAAGAACACGGAGAUGGAAACCUGUUCUUAUUGCUCAGGACGUUGCCCAAACAGUCAAACAUGGACCGCAUCGACAACAGAACUCAAUUUACGAAGGAUGUCGCCACUACAUGCACAUCCGACACCUGUCGGUGGGAAGGUCAAUACCUGGAUAGAAACCUCAACUACUCAGUGGAUCCUUGCAGCGAUUUUUAUGCGCACGUAUGUUCUUCUAACUGGUAUCAGGAUAACUCGACUGCAGCCGCGUACGUAUCCCAGGCGGCCGGUGCAGUCCUUCGAGCUCUUUGGGAACACCUGAGCAGAAACAGUGCAAACGCUUCUUCAACGUCGUUUCUGAACCAGGCAGCAUACGUCGCGCGUGGUUGCGUAGAAGGACGGCAGAAGGACAAGAAAUGGGCUAGACUUCUCACCAUUUUUUCAGACCUGGGCAUACCCAAGUGGCCUUACCAUAGUGAUGUACCCGAUGUAGAUCCACACGACGUCGCCAAGGUCGCUGAUAAGAUGCUGGGAACGUCGACGUUCGUGACGCUGAUGCUUCGUCAGCGAACAUGGGACAAGGAACUGCAGCUUCACGUUGACUCACCACCCAUUUUUCUGCGGCGUUUCGAGGCGCUCGGGCCAGUUGCAGGUCUCCGGACGUACAGAGAUUUCGUGUACAAGGUGUUAUGGCUUCGGAAGAAGGUUCCCCGUAACGCUCGCGGUCUUGCGUCUGACAUUGUAAGGCUGGAGGAGAUGAUGUCUGAGGCAGCAGCUCCGUCGGCUCGAAGCGUUCCCGUUGUCCAUAUUUCUAGACCGUUAGGCGAGUUCAAGAUGCUGCGGAACUGGAACUGGCUUCGGUACUUCUCCCAUUUCGUCGAAGGAGCGCCGAGCAUUGAUUUGAGGAACAUCGUAAUUCUCGAUCGCAACUACAUUGAUCAACUAGCGGUCAUCUUAGCCGAAGCUAAUCGUCGAACCCUGAUCAACUACAUCGGCUACCGUGUGCUCAUCUACAUGUCUCCUCUGCUUCCAGCUCGCAAGGCAGAGUUCGUGCUUUCAGUGAGUCAUCCCGUACUAGUAACGAACGGUGUUUCAGCUCGACUCGUAAGCUGCAUGUUCAUGCUUGAACGGUUAUAUCCAUUUGGCGUUCGAGUGUUGACGUGGGAAGCAAUAAACAAGACUUUCUCCUCCAACUUGGAUAGCCUCGCAGACGAUUUCAAAAUGGUGCAGGACGACGCGCGGUCCGAAAUGAAAACAGCCGCCCUUUCAGCUACAUGGUUAAAAAAGAAUGAAUCUCGCAUGGCAGUCGCCAAGAUAGGACGAAUGGUGAUUGAAGUGAUGCCCCUGAAAGAAGAACGAACUCUGCCACUUGCAUCCUUCCCAAAUAUACCUCCACGACAAGGAUCACUGCUUAUGACCUACUACAAUCUCGUUCGCUUCAUGCGCACAAAAUAUUGGACGUCUGGGGAUCCAACAUACUUUCAAGAACCGAUGACGCAAAGAGAAUCUGUAUUUCAACCGGGAUUCUCGUACGAUCCGCAGCGAAACGUUUUAACUCUGUCGCCGGCUACCGUCAUCUUCGCUGCCAACAUUUCCAACCGUCUCCAGGCGACUUCCAUACCUUUCCUUGUAACCCCGUUAGUUCGUGGAAUGUUCUCCACACUCGACCCCCGCGGAAGCAUCGUUGGUGCCGACGGAGCUGUGCGUAAAUUAUUGUCACCGCCGUCGCAGUCCAUGUUCCUGUCGCUUUCCUCUUGCAUUCAGGGAACCUUCAUCAAGAGUGGAAGAAAGUACAUCAAGAACGCUCUCGAGGAAUCGUUGUUUCUGUACGAGAACGUAGCGGACAUCGCGGUCUUGCACCCGUUGUACAAUAUCUUUCUCAGGUUGGUGCAUAAAGAUGACGCGCUGAGCCUGGUCCCUCUUCCAAGCCCCGUGAACAUGAUGAAGGCUUUCUUCAUCAACUAUGCGUCGACGUUUUGUGAGCCUGUUCGCAGCGAAAUAUAUGUAAAGAAGCAGCUUCGAUACAAGACAUCUGUCCCCGGAAAACUAAGGCUCAACGGGCCGCUGAAGAAAUUCCGGACGUUCGGGAAGGUAUUCGACUGUGUGCCUGGGGCACGCAUGAAUUCGAAGCGUUCUUGUCCGUUCUGGUGAAAAAUAUAGCGAGUGGUUUUGAAGGAUAUCGACGCAAUAAAUGAACUUUUAAC